UCCACCCUGUAUGGAAUAUGAACAAUACAUAGUAGUAUAGUGCAGGACAUAGUAUAGUACAGUACAGUACAGUACAACACAAUACAACCCACAGUAUAAAGAAGAACCGUUUACCCCAUCAAUCGAACCCUGGAAUAGGGGCAAAGGGGAGCGGCUUAUGCUAGGAAUUCUGACUGUUCGACGUUGGCACUGAUCUCUUUUGGGUUUUGGAUGCAGGAAGAUGGCAUGUAAGGUGAGGGGCUCCGAACCUGUUCGCGUUCGCGCUGACAUGCGUUGUAUAUCUGAGACUUCAAACAGAUUGUGAUUUAUUGUAAUUGCAUAAAGAAAAUACGGAGUUGAAUUCUCACGUGACAGUUGAUGUUCAUCAAUAAAUGCACACCUCAAGUAUGCUAGGCAAUCGAGCACAAGGUUAUUGAUUUCAACAUGUGAAUUCUCAGCCUUGCGAAUCCUGUCGCGUCAACCCCGACAAACUUAACUACAUUGCCAUCUCACCCAGAAGUUCAAUUCAAUAUGCCACCAGAACUGUUGCCAUCAGAUGAAGAAUACGCAUCAUCAGAAGAUGAGGAUUUCGCACCAGAUACGGCGCCAGCACAAGAAGAAUCUUCAGAGUCAGAAGCUGAAGAUGAGGAUUCGACAGCUGUAACGAAUAAGUCCAAGAAAAAGACUACGAAGAGAAAGAGAGGUGAUGAUGAGGAAGCCGAAGAUGCGGGGUUUGAAAAUUCAGGUGAUGAAGCGAUUAUUGAGAGAGGCUUGAAGAGGCGGAAGAAGAAGAGUAGAAAGGUGGGGAAGGAAGAGGAAGAUGAGGGUGGUGAAGGAGGUCUGGUGAAGACGAGGAGUAUGCGUGCUCAAGAGAAAGUUGAGAAGAAACCUCUUGCAGAUACAAAAGCUGCAACAGUAGAUGUAGACGCCUUAUGGGCAACCAUGAUAUCCGGCAAACCUAUCUCAUCCAACACGACCGAACCUAAUCCCUCCUCACAAACCACAAACACAUCUACAAGUCCUAAGACCGGGAGAAAAUCUCCAGAGCCCCAUGGAGGAUCCAGAGAACGCAGUAAUUUCAACGAUGGACCCGAUUCAAUGGUUAUGAUCAAACGCACCUACAAUUUCGCCGGAAAAGUCAUCACGGAACAAAAACUCGUUCCUAAAGAUUCCGCAGAAGCAAAACUUUUUCUCGCAUCUCAAGAUUCCGCUUUGAAAGAAGGAGAGGGGGGGGAAGAAACAGAACUCUUCGUUAAGCCUAAACGCAGUCUCAAGAAAGCACGACGCUCAAUCUUUGAACCUGUGGUGGAAAAUCCUUUGCCGCAGAGAACGGAUCUGUAUUUUGGACAAGCGGCUGUAGCGAGGAAUUUGACGAAUGGUGUGGGUGCGACGGGUAAAGAGGCGAAGAAAUUAAAUACGGUAGAGAAGAGUGCGAUGGAUUGGGCUGGAUUUGUGGAUAAAGAGGGUUACAAGGAUGAAUUGGAUGCAGCUGGGAAGAAGAAGGGAGCAUAUGGAGAGAGACAAGCUUUUCUGGCGAGAGUGGAAGCUAAGAAGGUGGAGGAUGAGAGGAGGGCGAGGGGAUUGCCUGUUUGAGGAUAAGUGUGUUCUUUUUUCGAAUGAUGGCUUUGGAGUUUGGGAUCUGGGGCGUUGGGUAUAAUGAUUGGAUUUUAGAUGAAUCCAGGGUUGGGCAAGUUUUAUGCUCUAGUAGUCAUGGAGAUAUUUGGAUCUGUUCAGUGAACGUUGAUCUACCUCUCUCCUCUGUACAGGAACUUUCUCGUUAUUCCUCUCUUGGAAGUUCUUCGAGUUCAUACAUACAUACAUACAUACAUACAUACAUACCCAC